AUGCGAGGAGCUCCUGCAGAGCUGACGUUGUCGCUCCUUUGUCACCUGAGUCACCUCCGUGCCACACGUGUCACCUCCGUCGAUGCGUCCGCUCCAGCGAGGCACGUGUGGCUCAGUGGCGCCCAGGCGGAGAUCUGCCUGCAGCGCGAGGCGCACCUCGCGUGGCUGAAGCGAGGCUUCACCUCGCUGCCGCCCAACUUCGCCGGUUUGGAUGCUUCGCGGCCGUGGUUCGUCUUCUGGAUCGCCCAUGCGAUGGAAGUCUUGGGCGACUUCGAUGAUCAUUGGGCACCCAAGGUCGCCUCCUUCCUGAGCCACUGCCAGGACCCCACGGGUGGCUUCGCCGGCGGCCCCUCACAGCUGCCACACUUGGCGCCCACCUACGCGGCGGUCUCCGCGCUCAUGGUCGCGGGGACGGAGGAAGCCUACCAGGUGGUCGAUCGCGCUGCCAUGUACGACUUUCUCAUGCGGAUGAAGAGCCCAGAAGGUGGCUUCAAAAUGCACGACGAGGGCGAGACCGACAUGCGCGGCUGUUACUGCGCGAUCGCUGUGGCCUCCAUGUUGCACAUCUUGACCGAUGAGCUCAUGGAGGGCAUUCCGGAGUACAUUUGCAGAUGUCAGACCUGGGAGGGCGGUAUUGCCGGCGAGGAGGGCUUAGAAGCCCAUGGUGGAUAUUCCUACUGUGGCCUUGCGACACUGUGCAUUGCAGGGAAAGCAGACGCCCUGGAUUUGCAUGGCUUCCUGAAGUGGGCCGUGCACAAGCAGAUGACCCAUGAGGGUGGCUUCCAGGGCAGAGCGAACAAACUGGUGGAUUCCUGCUACUCUUUCUGGCAGGGCGCCAUCUUCCCCCUGCUGCACGAAGCCUUUCGGCAAGGCGGCAGCGAAAAGGUGCCCUUGCCCAAAGACCACUGCUGGUUUGCCCCGGAGCCACUGCAGAUGUACCUCCUCUUGGCGUGUCAACAUCCGGCGGGCGGGUUGAGAGACAAGCCCAACAAAUCAGCGGAUUUCUAUCACACCUGCUAUGCCUUGAGUGGUAUGGCCGUGAGUCAGUAUGACGUGUCCAACCACACUCCACUGCUGGGAGAUCUCGGCUUUGACGCCCCAACCAUUGAGGAGAACCUCACUGAGAUGGGCGCAGGCAGCGGUAGGCCGCAGCCGAAUGAGACGAACGACCUGGAGAGCGAUUCCUGGUGGUUCGAAGGGGUGGUUUGGGGCUUUUGGUGGCGCACCUAUGGCCUGAGCGAUGAAGCCCCAUGGUUUGGAACUCCCGACCUGCCAGGAAGGUUGAGAGUUGAUGGUGGAUGGGCCGGCUACUUCAUGGACGGCAUCGGGGUUCAAGCCUUUGGGAGCUGGUGGCCUUGGGUGGCAUGCUUCGUCAUGAUCACCUUCAUCACAGGGAUUCUCGGCAUCCUGACGUACAGCCUCCAUACUUUGACUGGCCCUUGCAGGGCAUUAGGCAGCGGAGUGCAAGCACUCCUCGGUGUUUGCUGUUGCAGACGACGUGAUAGCGUCGAAGCACACCUGCCAAGUGCCCGGCCCUUGAUGAGUGACAUUGAAUGGCAUGGACCUCGAACUGGGUGGCCCACGGAGACCAGGUACCUCCAGCAGCGCUUGAAAGGGCGCGGAAGUCGAAGGCGCUUGAACGAUGUGGUUGUUCGGCGUGGUGGGCAUGUCGCCCGGUUGCUGCAGGAGGAGAGCAUGUUGCGGAGGAUCGACAGUGACGGCCUUCGCGUGAAGUUCAGCGGAGUUUCAGGAUGCACUUCACGGCAGUUCCGCCGUGAACUGGAAGAAGCAGGAGAAGUUCACCUUUGUCGACAACUUGAAUGCCGAGCUGAACACACCCUGCACAUCCAGGAGUUCGCGGGAGUUGAUCAUGAAGCACUGUUGGACCUGCACCGCUACGCCCAUGGCUCACCACGUUGGCUCAUUGGGUUACUGGGACGUGGCCUAUGGCGAGCUUUUGGAUUGGUGGCCAGGCUCAUGCGAUGCUGCUGCAGGUUGUGCUGUGCGAGAAAGGCGAACCGAGUCAUUCGUGACGAAGAUGGCCAUGAACGGCUCCUUGACCCCGAUUCGGAGUCGGAAGCGGAGGGGGAUGAGUCAUCAUGCCAAGGAGUCCGAAUUGGGCUGGUGAUUGAUGGUGAGAUGCGCCCCUUGGCACCUGAUGGAUGCAGCGACAUGGCGACGCAGGAGGAGACGACCCUACUUGAUGAGGACAUCGAGGCCCAAGAGAGAGUCCCUGAGGAGGCAAGUGAGAGAAGGGCGAGCCAAAGCAAGAAAGAGAGUGGAAUGGCGCCUAUGAGAUCUUCGUCGGUUGACCUGGGGAAGGUGAUGAUCCCGUCCCCGCCCAGAGGCACGCUAGAUCAGGAGGACGUCAUGGGCAAGCCCGUCUGGGUGAAGAUCAAGCUCAACUACACGGAUGAGAAAGCGGUGUGGGUCAUGUGCCUGGGGGAGCUGGUGGGCUAUAUACCUGGCGGAGUCCGAGGAGAUCGAAAGCUUGAGAUAUUCAUCAAGUUCCUUGAGGCCACCAUCAUCGUCGACCCCAAGUACCUGGACGACCUGACGGAGGUGAAGAAUGUGGAGGAUGUCGAGCCGGAGAAGGCCCAGCACCUCAUCAGAGAAGUGCCACAAGAUGCAGCGGGGAUAGGUCUGGAUGUCAAAGGCUACAUCGUCCCGGAGCACCUGGUGCAGCGCCUACGUUCCUGGGAAGGUCGGGUUGUUGAGGGUGGAAAGCGAUUGAAUCAGUCGCAAAUUGAUCACGCCAAGAAGAACAUCUCCAACUUGGUACGCAGGCAUUGUGCUGGGUACAUCAAAGGUGAGAUCUGGCCCAGCUGGCCGGCGGAGGCAGAACUUGGCAUGGACCUGCAGGUCCGUGGCCGUACGGAGCAUCCACCCCUGGUGACUUCGGAGGAGACGCGGAGAAGAUCCCGCAGUAGGAGUCAUAGCCUGGCCAGGAUCAUGAAGGAGGAGGACGAGCGGAAGCAGAGAACAGAGCACGAGGUGGUUGCGGACGCAGAGACCGAGGACCUGACCGGCGAGGGCAUCGUGGAGGCUUUUGUCACGGCAACGACCACAGGGCAGACGCACCAAGAGGCCAUGGACACGGUUCAGAUGAUCUUUGAAGCGGACGCUCCGACCAUACAGGGAGUGCUGAGGAACUACAUCCGCAAGAACUGUGGCAAGCAGAAUGAGCAGGUUGAGGUGGCGAUCAAGAUUCUGAAGGGCACGAACAACCAGAGCACGAGUGUGAGCAAGGACGACAACACCUUACAGGGAGCUCAGUUGGACAGACCCAAGCCUAUGGAGAGGAAGCCCACCUCCUUCUCGGACAAGCUUUUCCCACAGCAGUAUGGCAUCAUGAAAGAUGAUGGGAGCCUCAUCCGUCCAGCUGGCAGCCCAGAUGGGAAGAACCCCCUGACCGCGAAUGACGGCGUGGUGGGACAACUGUUCGGACUUGGUGGGAGGCUGGAUGACACUUCGACCCGUGCUGGAGCAGGAGGUGAUGACGAAGACGGCCAAAUGGGAGCCCGGGUAGUACACGCAUUGGAGGGCAUCCGGAAGGCAACGGAAGGUGACAAGAAGGGCAGCCCGGGAACAAGGAGCUCCAUUGGUUCCGAGGAGAGCUUAGAUGUCUACCUUGCACGUGGCUGCAACACGUUGACCGUGGAGGUGUGCCCCGACGUCACCGGCAAGGAGCUCUUCGACGCCUUGAAGAGAGCAUGUUCCCACGCCAAGGCAAAGCUGCAGCAGAUCGAAUGGCCAUGCUUGGUGACGAACGGCAUAGCUUAUGGACUGGCAGCGAUGCAACAUGGCGGAAAGGAUCAUACCACUUUGGCUCCAUGGCAGCUUAGUGUGGCGCAUGCGGUGACGGCCAAGCCAAGAGACUUCGACCAGUACGAGGCCCCGAAGGACGACAAGAUUGAGCCCAAGCCGAGAUACCCCACACACUUUGCAACAUGGCUGAAGCAGGCGCGGAACGAGAUCAAGAUGUUGGGUUCAGUUUUGGGCCUGGAGCACAAGAAGGAGAGACUCAAGGCCUUGGACCAGAUCGAGCGGGCACACGAACAAGACUCAGAUGUUUGGCCGGAGAACUACUGCUACAGCUUGUGGGAGGAGCUCAAAGUAUGUGCACCAAGGCAAGCAAGAGCUUUGAAGGGCAUCAUCUACAGCCAGUUGCACCACAAGCGCCAAGCGCCCAAGGUGGGUGGCGAUCAACCUCACCCUGACGGAGACAGCCAAGGAGGUGAUGCGGGCGGCGAUGAAGAUCGAGUUGGCCGAGGACGUGACCGCGCGGGUGACAAGGACAAGAAGAAGAAGGAGAAGGAGCGCGAUGAGAAGAAGGCAUUCCCUGCUGGCAAGAGGCUUAGACCCAAGGCAGCUGAGUCAGUGAAACACGGACCCAGGACGAAGGAGGGCAAGCCCAUUUGUUGGGAUGGAGCUACACACAUGGGAUGCAGCAGGGGCAAGGAUUGCAACCACGCCCACCAACCCAUCACCACGACGAAGGGGCUGCAUUGGACCGUUUUGGCACAGCUGAUCCGACGUGGUGGGCUGAAGAGUGGCCCUAUGAUCCAACCGGGACAAGUUGAUGGACGCAUCGCUCAACUUCGGACGCAGGCGAAGGCGGAGCAUGACGAGAAGGUGAAGGACGGCGUCCAGAAGCAGGGUUGGCUGCCCCCGGAAGAGUAUGAGGGGGUCCAAUACACUCAGUUGGAGGAUGAGCUGAGGGAGCUGACACGUGGCCCAGACGCACAUUGGCUCAAGGACCCAAUGCUCGAACCCGGGCACAAGGGCUACACGACUUGGGACAGACGAGUCAAACACCCCGAAGCCCUUCGAAGGCUGAAGGUCCUCGAAGAGAUGGAGAAGGCGGGGACGUUCGCAAGGCUGAACCAGUGGUCCAGCUACCUUCAGUCUCACGUGCGGGGGAGGAUGCUGAAUGCAGUCAUUGAAAAGCAGGAGAUGACGGUCGACGAGGUGCUCCUCGAGGCAACCGAGAAGGGAUGCCCAGAACUCGCACAAGAAGCUGAGAAGGUCCUCAAUGAGGAGCGUUCAGUGGGUUGGAUCGACGAUGAGAAGCAGGCCUGGAUCAGUGCACCUACCUGGUACAAGGACAAGGGCUAUGGUGAGGGCAAGUUCGAAUUCCAAUGUGGAGACAGGCGCAUCAGCUGGCGCUAUCUGGACUACAAGGACAAGCUCCCCGUCUCGGACGAGCUGGCCAGUGCGUUGGGGCUACAACCUGGAGAAGAUGAAGAGAGGCAAUGUCUUGUGCUUCAUCCAGCAGCAGGCAUCCUAUUAUGGGAAGGCGACUGGGACCCGGAGCGCAGGCCAACCAUCGAGGAGGUCAAGCAGAAAGCGCAAUCUUUCAGGGCAGGCCUUUGGGAUGAAGCUGCAAGAGCAGUCGCAGAACUAGGUGACCCAGCGCCGUGGAUUGGAGCACGUGAAGCUGAAAUUCGUGGCUACGCCCAUGACUGUCUUCGAGCAAAUCAUGACAAGGACUACAGGCUCUUCCAGGCCUUCGUGCUGGACGAACUUCGUGAGGUCACACUCCAAUGCUGGAGGCUGAAUUGCCGCGGACAAUUCCAGGUGGACCACCUCGUGGGGAGCCAGCCAGGCAGUGAGGGGCAGAUCAUCCCAUUCCUGAUCCAUGGUGGUCACAUCCGGCUUCUCGUACCGAAUGAGAAGGAAGAACCAAUCAAGGUGGCGGCUGAGCUAACCCUCAACGGGCAGGUGGACAGAGAAUGGCAAUGUGAAGGUUGUUGGGAGUUCCUUGCAAAUGAGGACACAGCUGCCCCCCUCGUGCCGGGAAAACGACCCAAGUGCCCUAGAUGCCUUGACAACAACCCCAAGCAGGGAAAGGGUCAGCCGCAGGUGCCAUGGAGCUUCAACGAACACCCGGUGGACACCCAGGAGCUGAUCUUGAUGGGAGCACGGACGCCCUUGAAACACCGACCUUCGUUCGCCUAUGGAGUGAGGGUACAAGAGGUCUUUGCUGGUUCAGGGACGUGGACCCAGGCGAUGCGAGAAGCAGGCAUGGCGGCCAACGAGCCGGUCGAACUGUUUGGAGACCCCCUUCAAAAGCAGGACAGACGCAGCCACUUCGACUUGAAGGACGAGGCCGUGGCCAACUAUUACCUCCAAGCAGCUGCUGAACUCCCGGGACCAUCCACAGCGAAUGUCUGGGAAUUUGGAACUCCCUGCACAAGCUACUGCGACUUCAACAUCCUGAAUGGAGGAACACGUAGCUUCACUUCGCCUGAAGGGGGCCCAGAUCCGACGAAGAGCGAGGAGGAGGGUAACUACUUCUGCGAGCUCACCUGCCGGAUGUGUGAGCUGCUCUAUGCCCAUGACAAGGAGUUCGUGCUCGAGUCCUCGAUGCCUUCAGGGAGAUAUCCCAAGAUUUGGGAUCAACCAGCCGUUCAAAGGCUACAACAAUCGACUGGAGCUCUCAUCGUGCCGACCCACUUGUGCGAAUGGGGUGCAGCACCCAGCGACAGGCCAGAGAUGAGAUACAAAAAGGGCCAGUGGAACUUAGUGUCACCUGGCCUAUACCUCCACGCAUUGUUGUUGUCACGACGCUGCCAGGGCAAUCAUAGACACAUGGAUGUCAAGGGCGAGUCGGACAUUCCAGGAGUUCCUCGAACCCGUCGCGCACAAGUAUACCCUGGACGCCUCUGCAAAGGAUGGGCACUCGUGGUGCAGGCGGCCUAUGCCGGUUGGGACACAAUACAGGUGGCGCAAGCGCUGGAGGUCAUACAGAAGGACAAUGGCCGAGAAGGGGCACUCCCACACAGAACAGCGAGCAGAGCACAAGACUCGAAAGCCCACCCAUCUUCUUCCGCUUCUUCAUCAACUAUGACGUCGACGUCGGGAAAGACAGAUCAGCCAGCUCGCUCGACUUCCUACAGGACAGAUGGACACUGCGGUAGUGCAGAGUACUCUGAGUUCCACGGAGGCUCUCAACUUCUUCGUGGGCACCAUUGCGGCAGCGUUGGAGAGAGCGAGUUCGCUCACGGAAUUCCUGUUCCCCCAGAAGAAGAGCCUUUGGAAGAGGAAGAAGAGGAGGAGGAGACCCUGAGCGACGCCGAUCGGCGCAUGAACCCGCGAGACGAGGCAGCAGUGAUGGCCAGGCUCAUCCCGAGAGAGGUGAACCCAGGAGAAGCAGCGGCGCCGGUGCGACCCUACGAGGGAGGCAUCAACGUCUUCGGGCCACCACGACCGCUGGAGGGCAUCAACGGGCGCUCUGAGGACUGGUGGGACUAUCAGGAGGACACGCUCUUCCUUGUUCGCCAUCAUGUGAUGCCCAGGAGAUCUAUGUUUGGGUCGCACUAUGGUGAUUGGGUGGACUGCCCAGUGUCAGACCACCUGAUCCGUAGUGAUCGCCGGACCUGGAUGUACCCCCAGAGGCGGGACCUCUCGGAGGCCGUUCCGCAGGAAAGGGUGUUCUUGGACAACUGGAGAGUUGACCUCGCAAGGUUGCGUGACAUCCCGGAUGCAAUUGAGGCCGAGUAUGCCGACUGGACUGGUGCCACCACGUUCUACCUCUAUGACCCGGAGAUCAGACCGGAGCUGGGGAGGCGCUUCGGGCACGGGCAAGAAGAAGGGGAAGGUGAAGAUCCUGAUUCCGAAGUUGAUGGGGGGCUUCAACCGGUGCUCCCAGAAGGGCGUGACAUGGCGCCGGCAUUCAGGUCACCUCGAGAGUUUCAACCCCCCACGAGGGAGGUGGAAGCAGCGAGGAGGUACUAUCCAGGCGGGGGUGUUUGGGACCCGUGGCAUGGUGGACGCAUUGAGGAGGAGGAAUCGAAUGCCGAGCAAGCCGUGGGGGAAGCAGGGAGCUCCGAUGACCGGCGACAGCGCUCAAGAUCCAGGUCCAGGGGCUUCGCCCCUUCGAGGGGUGACGAUGGCUCGGACAGGAGGGUAGGCUACCUAGCCGCUUCUCAAGUACUGGAGUAUGAGGAGGCGCAAACUUGUGGAUGGUUGGGUCACUGCCUCGAGCCCGACGAGCAAUGCCAGGUUGGCUACAUGGACGACCAGAACUUGAUGGAGGAGCCGCGCGGUGAAGUGCUUGAUCGAGCCCUGAAGUACAUGGAACACUGCAAGAACCACCCAAAGUAUGACACCCAGGUGAUCAGGACAGCAGUCGCCCUCGGUGACGACCUUCUGAGAUCAGCAGGCACCUUGGAAAGGGCAAUGCAAGGUCUUCGUGAAGCAAGGCGUCGAACCAUUGGGGUCCCUACGGCAGGCGCCACUACGAAUGAGGUGCUGGAAUGCUUGGAUGCCAAUCACGCGGACUACCUCAAGGCCAUGAACGCAGGGGGUGUUCGCACACGCAGGUAUUAUCCGCCCAGGAGGCUUAAAGCAGAGCCGUAUCCCUCCGCUGUGGACAACAUCGAGGAGAUGUACCAGAAGGCCUGGAAAGAUGGUCAUUGGGGCAUCGUGCUCUUCGCCUCCGACAAGACGGAAGAAUGUACCCGGAACCUCAUCGAAUGCCCGCAAGGACGAGUCCCGAAGCAGUUACCUGAUCGGAGCAUCAGCACUGAAGGUCGCCCGAUCCACGCCAUGAUGACUGCAAACGCGGCCACCCACAAAUUCCAACACCCGCCAGCCGUGCAGCCGCGCCAUCGCCAGAUUGCCAGGAAGGCGAUCUGGUGGGGAGCCCGCCACCCUGGGAUCAGGUGCCUCAUCGCCAAGCUGGACGUGAGCAGGGCAUUCAAAUGGCAUGAUGUUGCUCCAGAGGACACCUCGGACUUUGGGAGCGCACUUCCUGGAGGCCCAGUUGGAGUUGAAGGGAGGGUGAAGAUGAUCUACGGAGGUCUCCCCUUCGGCUGGUGCGGAGCUCCCGGAGAAUACAUGGCCUUCGCACUGGCAGGAAGAGCGUACCACGAGAACUUCAAGCCCGCGGAUGAGCAGGUCAAUGGUCCGACUCCGUUCUCCUCUGAAUGGCUGAUGGACGAUAGUGUCAUUGUUGAGCCCAUGGUGGGGGUGCGGCCCUGGCAAGCCGUGGAUUCCUUGGGGCAUGCGAUCGAGAAGAUUUGGGGCCAGGCGGCGCUGAACCUGGAGAAGCAGAUUGAGGAGGGCACCCCGGCAACAGAACAGAUCGUAUGGGGCCUGUUCAUGAACGUGGAGAGCAUGACGAUCAGACUGCCCGAGCCCAAAGCCUUGAAGAUGAGAUACCUUUUGGCGCUCCCGGAAUUGCAAUUCGGUGGACGUGAAGUUCACCUCAAAGUUGCUCAGGAGCUAAGGGGACUGGGUCAGUAUGCCGCCAUUACAAUCCCACCUUUGAGGACUGAGCUCAGCGUCAUCGAUCUCUUCCUAUGCCCCAGCAAGUGCGAGGGAGGCUACAUCCGGCCGAACGUGAACGACGAGGACGCAGCGGCCCGAGCCUGGCGGUGCUGGGACGAGAUGCUGGCAUUGCUGAGGCUGUGGUUUGAGACACCCUAUGAGGGCACCUUCGAGUCCACCAUGGAGAGCAUGCUGACCACGAGAGAGCUCCUAGCACUCCCUGGCAUGCGAGAAAGGCUACGUUGGGUGGGAGGCGACGCCACUCCAGAGGUGGCGGGAGCUCUUGAUUGGAAGGCAAAGCACUACAUGCGCGAGGACGCCAAGGAGAUGCUCAAAGCGCUUGGGAAGGUGCCCGAAUUGGCUGAGGAGCCGGAGAUGAAGAUCGCCAUUGCUGAACUCCUCUGCUACGCUGGACUUGCUGCUGCUGAAAGCCAUGGAUGGCACGGCGAACUCGUCGCCUAUGCAACGGACAAUCAAAAUGUCCGCUCCUGGCUCACAAAACGGCAAUCGAAGUGUGCUAUCGCACGCCACAUCAUCCGCAUCCUGGGGAUGUUGGAAGUUCGCUACCACUUCAAGACGGUGGCAUUCUACAUCAGGACCUACCACAAUGUCACCGCCGACUGGUUGAGCAGAGAGACCAAGAAGGUCGUUGAAGACAAGAUGGAGCUGGACGGUUGGACCAAGGUCGACGUGAAGGAGGACUGGGGGCACUACAUCGACGAGUCCGUGGCGGGCAUCUUCAGGUGGCCGGGUGGCGAAGCACUCGGGAGUUUGACCCAAGCGGUGGAUGUGGUGCACAAGCCCUAUUGCCCAAUUGUAGCAGCUGGCUGCGCCGUGGAGUUGGGCCGAGGCAGGUUGCCCUGGGCGAUCGCGUGGGAUCGACUGGGAGGUCAGGUCUGCAAGGUCGGUCAGCAAGGCACACCCAUGGAGGAGAAGCUCGAGGAACUGAACCUCAAGGGCAGCACCACGCUGACAGAUGAGACGGACUUGGUGUGGGUGUUCGCUUCAGUCGCUGAAGACAGCUGGGGUGGCAGUCGGACCUACAUCAAGCAGUUUGUUAAGAAGCACCUCCCGGCAAAUGUGCUGAUUGACAUUGCAAAGGGCGGACCAGUUGAGGAGAUUAAGACCGAUUUGGUGAGGCUGAGCUACAUCGUGCACACCUUCGACUGCCUGACCACUCACUAUGGAGACCCGGUGGCGAAGAGGAAAGUCAUUGUCCUUGGAAGCCGCGUGCGGAAAGGUGAGACCAUUCAGGGAGCCUCCAUGCCUCCAAGGAGCGCAGCUGAGCCUGCUAGUAUUCAGAGAACGCUGGACCCUGCGGCAUGUUCAGUGAAACCUCAGUGGCUCGACCCGGGCACGGUGGUGAACGUGAACCACAAAAUCUCCACGUCAGGAGACCGCAUGCUCCCGUGGCCGGCAGGGCACUUCGCUAGCAGCCAAGAUGGAGAGGCCAAGGAGCUUAUCUACGACAUCCGUGGGCCUGCGUUAACUUGUAGGAGGGGCAAGUCCAUGGUUGUGCUUGAUCAUCGAGGCGCAGAAGUGCAAGCAAGGCGGCUUGGAGCAGAAGAAGAGUGGCUCCUCAAUGGUGGGCGCCUCGAAGACGUUCACAUGCUGCGAGAGCUCGGGACGAAGCAGGACUUCUUCAAGAAGGACGCGGCCAUGAAGUUCCCACAGCAGAGUGCCCACAGGCUGGUCGCUUGGUUUGAGCGUUGGAGGCAAGAUCGGCCAGAAGCGGACCCAGCAGGACAAGAACGUGUAGGAGUGUGCUUCGACGCUGACAGGGCCAGGGCCGAUGAGCAGGUGAAGGCAUGGAUGAGGGCCUGGCAAGGGGAUCAUCAGAACCCUAGAGCCAGCUAUGAGAGAUGGAUGGCAACCCAGCGGCAAGACCCGGAGGCCCUCGAAAAGAUCGGAGGACGCAGGCAGACUGGGUUGAAGAGAGCGAAGUCCGCCCCUCCUGACCGUCUGGUGCUUCCAAGCGCGAUUGGACGAGGUCGAGAACGACUUCAGCUGGAUGCAAAUCAGGAACUUCAACGCGACCGGGCAUGGCUGGAUGCAUUGGCGGCUGAGGCGGUGAUGUCCAAGCUCUCGGAGGGCACGCGUGCGGGCUACGAGGUCGGGUGGAAGCAGUGGUGUCUCUGGCGUCGCAUGGGCAACAAGGGCGUCUACCUCGUCGGGGAGACCAAGGACGAGAGGAAGGCCGAUGAGGAUGAGCUUCUGCGAUUCAUGACCUACCUGGCCCACGUCAUGGGGAGGACAGAGGGCACCGUGAAGCAAAGGCCCUUUGCUAUCAAGAUGGGCCAUCUAGUGGCUGGACACGAUGACCCCACCUUGAACCGGGUCCGCAUCUGGGCAGCGCUGAAUGGCUUCAAGCGAUGGCAACCAGAGACGAAGCGCAAGUAUCCGGUGCUCCCUGGCAUGCUCGUCUGGAUCCACCGCCAUCUGCGCUCUUGCGACACUCUGAGCAAGGGUGAUCAAGUGAUCCUCUGGGCUGCCAUUAUGGUGGGGUUCUUCUUCCUGCUGCGGGCCUCAGAGUUCUUAGUCACGGUCGGCCGAUCGUGGGGCAGCACACGCACCCUGAAGGGCAGCGACAUCGAGGCGCGCAAGGACAACAUGCAGGUGACGAACUUCCACCAGGCGGAGGAGGUGGUGAUCUACCUUAAAGGAUCUAAGACAGACCAAUAUAACCAAGGCACAGUGCGCAACCAGUUCAAGAGUGGCAACGAGCUGUGCGUGGUCAGCGCCCUCGCGGACUACCAGAACAUCAAGCCUGAACGUUUUGCAGGAGCAGAAGAAAAUCAGCCCCUGUUCAGGUUCGAGGAUGGCAAGCCGUUGCAGCGCGGGGACAUUCAGAACCUGAUCCAGCUGGCAGCGGUGGCAGAUGGACAAUCUACGACCCGGUAUGGCUCGCACAGCCUCCGUAUUGGAGGAGCAACAGCAAUGUAUCAGACCACGAAGGACUUGGACGUGGUCAAAAGAUUUGGGAGAUGGAAUUCAGAUGCAUUCCAUGGCUAUCUUUGGGAGUCGCAUGAGCGCCAGAGGGACCUCGCGAAGGGCAUGGCUGGUGCAGAUGGUCAACUUCUUGCACCAAGGAAGAACAAGGGCUAUGAGGCGGCGCCCCGACACCAAGAGAAGCCAAAACAAAGGAUUGCUGACACGCCUACAGGACUACAAAGCUCCAUGAAGGUGGGAUCAAUGGGCAGCGUGAGCGAGGACUACGCCUUAGGCAACUUAACGAAGAUCACGGAGGGCAUGGCUAUGACACCUCGAAUGGCAAGACAACGACCCACGUGGAGCUCUAUGGCGAGAUCAGCUUCGGAUGGAAAGCAACCAACUGGUGUCAGAAAAUGCAACCUGGAAGAUGCUGCCUCCAAGAGGGUCUUGGUGAUUCCUGUGGAAUUGGAUACCUGUGCCGAGCGGAAGUGCACCUUCUUCGAGGCCCUGCCGCCGCUCGCCGUGCCGGGCCGCGAGGGCGUGGGCGCUGUGCGGUGGCGGCAGCACGUGGCCAGCCUCAGCGCGGUGGAGGUGGAAGCUUCACCACCCCAUCAAGCGGCCACCGGCGGCUACGGCGGAACGGCGUCGCCCUCUGCGCGGGACCAAACGAUGUAG